AUGGACGAGUGGAAGCCCAACCCUGCCGUCAAGCCCCACAAGAAACGGAGCUGGUACCUUGCCUGGAAGUACAAGCUGAUGAACCAGCGUGCGCUGCGGAAGCUGUGCCAGACAGGUGCUGUGCUCUUCCUCCUUGUGACUGUAAUUGUGAACAUCAAGCUGAUCUUGGACACCAGGAGAGCUGCUUAUGAAGAGGAAGAAGAGUCUGCACAGGACUAUGAUGAUGAGAUGCUGAAUGUGGAGGUUCCUAGGCGACUUGUCAGCAGCAAGAAGGUCUUGGAUGUUGAGGUGUACUCCAGCCGGUCGAAAGUCUACGUGGCUGUGGAUGGGACAACAGUCUUGGAAGAUGAGGCUCGGGAGCAGGGAAGAGGGAUCCACGUCAUCGUCUUAAAUCAGGCUACGGGUCACGUGAUGGCGAAGAGGGUCUUUGACACGUAUUCUCCCCAUGAAGAUGAAGCCAUGGUACUUUUUCUCAAUAUGGUUGCCCGGGGCCGGAUCCUGAUCUUCACCAUUAAGGAUGAAGGCUCCUUUCACCUCAAGGACACAGCUAAGAAUGUCCUGAAAAGCCUGGGGAGCCAAGUUGCACCUUUCUUGAGCUGGAGAGACAUGUGGACAUUUGUGGGAAAGAAGGGAGGGGAAGUAUAUGGGGAGAAGCACGCCAAGUCUCCUGCCCUCUCGACAUGGGGUGACCCUGUACUGCUGAAGACAGAAGUUCAUCUGACAUCUGUGGAAGAUGCUGAGUGCCAUUGGCCUGACACAGAGCUGAACCGGCGCCGCCAGAGGUUCUGCAGCAAAGUAGAAGGUUACGGCAGCGUCUGCAGUUGCAAAGAUCCCACACCCAUUGAGUUCAACCCUGAUCCUCUCAAGGAUAAUAAAGUCUUUGAUGUGCCUGUAGCUGUUAUUGCAGGAAACCGCCCCAACUACCUGUACAGGAUGCUGCGCUCCUUGCUGUCGGCUCAGGGCGUCAAUCCACAGAUGAUCACAGUCUUCAUCGAUGGGUACUAUGAGGAGCCAAUGGAUGUUGUGGAGCUGUUCGGCCUCUCAGGAAUCCAGCACACUCCCAUCAGCAUUAAAAAUGCCAGAGUUUCCCAGCACUACAAAGCCAGUCUGACUGCAACCUUCAACCUGUUCCCGGAUGCUAAAUUUGCUGUGGUUCUGGAGGAAGACCUUGACAUUUCUGUUGACUUCUUCAGCUUUCUAAGCCAGUCAAUACACCUUCUGGAGGAGGAUGAGAGCCUCUACUGCAUCUCGGCUUGGAAUGACCAGGGUUAUGAGCACACAGCUGAGGACCCCUCGCUCCUGUACCGUGUGGAGACCAUGCCAGGCCUGGGCUGGGUGCUCCGGAAGAGCCUGUACAAGGAUGAGCUGGAGCCAAAGUGGCCAACCCCUGAGAAGCUCUGGGACUGGGACAUGUGGAUGCGGAUGCCCGAGCAGCGAAAGGGGCGGGAGUGCAUCAUCCCUGACGUCUCGCGCUCCUACCACUUCGGCAUCGUGGGGCUAAACAUGAACGGCUACUUUCACGAAGCCUAUUUCAAGAAGCACAAGUUCAACACAGUUCCAAAUGUCCAGCUUAAAAACGUGGAGAGCUUGAGGAAGGAUGCCUACGAGACGGAAAUUCAUCGGCUCCUGGGGGAGGCUGAAGUCUUGGACCACAGCAAGAACCCCUGUGAGGACUCCUUUUUGCCCGACACCGAAGGCAAGGUCUACGUCAUGUUCAUCAGGAUGGAGCAGGAAGCAGAUUUCACCACCUGGACUCAGCUUGCAAAGUGCCUCCACAUCUGGGACCUGGAUGUCCGCGGGAAUCACAAGGGACUGUGGCGGCUCUUCCGCAAGAAGAACCACUUCCUUGUGGUGGGGGUCCCUGCUUCCCCCUACUCGUCCAAGAAGCCCUCGUCAGUGACACCCAUCUACAUGGAGCCCCCUGCCAAGGAGGAGGGGGCAGUGGCAGUGCCAGCGGUUGCUGCAGCAGAGCAGACGUGA